AGAUGGGCGUGACUUCGCCACUCUAUAAGAACGGGCAUCACACUCACUAGCCACUUCCGGUGUCUGCAGAAGCCUCUCAUCGGCCUGUCGGACCACCAUGGCGGACAUCAAGAACGUGCUGUACGCCUGGUGCGGGAAGAAGAAGCUGACGCCCAGCUACGACAUCCGAGCUGCAGGGAACAAAAACCGCCAGAAGUUCCUGUGUGAGGUCCGAGUGGAUAGCUUCAGCUACAUCGGGAUGGGAAACUCCAGCAACAAGAAGGACGCUCAGACCAACGCCGCCCGAGACUUCGUCAACUUCCUGGUCCGCAGCGGAGAGAUGAGCGCCGCCGAGGUCCCGGCGCCAGGGAUGAGCGCUGCAGCUGGAGAUCAGCCUGAUGGAGGAGCAGGAGAAGGAGCAGGAGCAGGAGAAGGAGGAGGCUUUGGGAACCUCCCCUCCAGCGGGCCGCUGCCUCCUCACCUCGUGGUGAAAGCUGAACUGAAAGAGCAGAGCGGGCCGGUGCCGGGUGUCACGGGACUCGGGUACUCCGGAGGAGGAAACUCCGGGUGGGGAGGAGGAGAUGGAGGAAGAGGAGGAGGUGGAGGAGGAGAAUGGGAGCGAGGAGCGAAUCUGAAGGAAUAUUACUCCAAGAGAGACGAGCAGGAGGCGCAGGCG